AUGCCUCGUCUUUUACCAGCAGAACAUGAGGCUGGAUCUCAAAUUACAUUCUGUACUAGCUGUAUACUGCCAGGUUAUUUCAGCAAAUACAAUUUGACAAAGCUCCUGUUUCAAGUCCUCGACAAGUCGUCUUGCGCGCACCUUGUUCUCUUGGACGGGCUAGAUGAGCUUGCUGAGCCCCAUGGAGGGAUUAAUGUGCUAUUCCAACUGCUGGUCCGGUUGGUGGCAGCGGAUAGAGUAAAGCUUUGUGUCUCUAGUCGCCCCGAGCGUCUCUUCGCAGUUCAGUUUGCUUCCAAUCCUUCAAUACACAUGCAGGACUUGACAUAUUGGGAUAUCUGCGACUACACGACCGACUUCCUCAAAGAUUUGCAGCUAUAUCGUGGCGAUCACCUAUAUAGGGAGAUCCACCGUGAAAUUUCGCAGAAAGCAGAGGGCGUUUUCAUAUGGGUGUAUCUCGUUCUACGGAGAGUCAAAAAUGGCAUCGAACAGUACGCUGAGAGUUGGAACGACAUAUAUGACCGUAUCGUCAUGCUGCCACCAGAUCUCAUGCGGCUUUACGAAGAUAUGUGGUCUAGACUGGGUGGGAAUAACGAGAAACACAUCAAGAAAGCAGCGCGGUACUUCCAGUACACUCGGAAUUCUCACGGCGCAGCUAUAGCCAAAAUUGCUCUAUUCGCAAAUGACCAAGAGUUGGAAGCAUUUACAAGACCAAACGAAGUUCCAUGCCUAAGUGAAAUUCUCAAAAUGUCUGAAGUCACCUUGCAAACUCUAAUUCCAGUAUCCGCCGGACUACUCGAGGUCUUCCCUGACCCAUCACACCCAUAUUAUGCCCGAGGUUUGGAAGGGAAUGAUAAACAAGUCUCUCGGUGGUCAGAAGAAUUGAAGAUCAGAUUCAUACACAGAACUGCCACCGACUUCCUGGAUAGCGACGAAGGGAAGAAGAUGUUUGACAGGUACACAUUGGGAUCCGUGGAUUUUCUCUUGUCAUGCGCCAAAGUAGAGUUAGCUCUUCAUUCAGUUUCUCGUUUUAGGAAACAUCCUCUCGCGGAGGUCUGGUCUCUCAUGUCAAGGGCAUUUAACCAGUCGGCGAACAUGAAAUGUCUCACCCACAUAUCUAACGACCUUUUGUCCACUAUCCAUCAGUGUGCGCUCAACGAAUCUAGAGAACUUAUCCGUCCACCGAACUGGAUAAGUUAUGAGAACUUCUUUCUCUUUGAAGCAGUUACCUAUGGCUUUUAUACAUAUGUUCAAGAGACACUAAAUAUCUCUGAAGAUCCUGAUUCCACCGCUUUGGCCUAUGCUCUGCUAGGCGGAUGCGACCAUCGUUUUGUGCUGGAAAGAGAUCAUUACAAUAAGACACCAUACCCACCGAUCCGAAAUCUUUUGAAAAUGUGCCUGAGGUCUGACAUGCGAACUUUGGGUCCCUCUGCCGUGCGGGCUGCGCGCGACAAUAUUAUGCUUGCUUGGCGUUGCUCCCUGCCACACGAAGUAGCACUAACUCAGGAGGAAAUUCCGAAGGGUGAUAAGAGACAGUUGAUAGAAGAGAUCCUGGAGCUUCUCAUCGAAGCUGGCGUAAUGGCAGAGUUUCCCGCACCGAAAUACCUUCUUGCGGUGCAAGACCAAGGACUGAUGAUCGUGAAAAGACUGACCGAUGAAGAAUCUGUUCUUGGAUCUGGAGUCUUACGGCCCCAAGAACCUCUGCGCGGGCACUCAACGAUUCCUUCCUUCAGCAACAACUAUCGAGCAAGAUUUCUGGAAAAUCUAAGCUCCUAUCGAUGCAAGUGA